AAAUGAAGUUUCUCCAGAAACGAAACCAGGAUUACGGGAACGAAACCCUGCUGGAACAGAUGGUGUUCCUCAAAACAAGAGAAGCUGUCCAUGUUGGAGGAGGUUACCAUGAGGCCACUGUUGCCCAGCUGUCUCCUUAUACUUGAACUGUUUGAUAUGUUGAAGGUAGCGGAAAGUAGUGGAUCACAGUAAGACAAGGCUGUGGAAUUCUUCUAUCGACAGCGCUGGACAGAAUCUACACACAAUGGAUGUUGGAAAAAAACGGGAGGAACUGGUGCAGCUGGCAGGUAACUACAUUUCAGACACCCUGGGCAACAUCCAUACAGUCCAACAGUUCUGUGACAAGCAAGACAAAUGGCUCCUCCAGAGAGAGACCGAGGUGAACAUGAUGAUGGACAUCAAAGACAGAGCAGAGAGGCUCAACCUCAACACUGACCACAUCAAAAAUUCAGAGGAUAAGCUCAAGGCCUUUGGGGAGUACAUGAGGAGCAAACUUUCCCAGGUGACUGCGGAGAGUAGAGCCCAGGAGCUGGAGAAGGAGCUUGGAGCGGUGCUGAAGGAUGCCUUGGAGGGGCUUGAGAAGCUGAACCUGUUCCUGGAGGCCGUGGAGAAGCUGGCGGUCACCUCACUGCUCUUCUUCGAAGAGGAGAAUCCGCUUUGUGAACUCCCUAUGGGGAUAAGCAGCGCAGCGGUUUCCUCUGUCAUUUCUGAUGCCAGGGCGGCCUCCCCACUCCUGAUCCACUUCCAGAGAGAUGACGGCGUUUUCUUCCUGCCCAACCUCGUGAACGUGGAUGUGCUGGCCUUCCAGCUGGACAAGUACAUACGGAUGACUCAGACUCUGUGUGACAAGAUGAGAAAAAGAAUAAAAAGUUUGUCAUUCGGAAUUAACUUUGGAAAGCGGAAAAUCUGCAUGACUGACAUCAAGCUUAAUUUAACCACUGAAGCCAUGCAAAAUGUGCUUGACCAUUUAAAUCAGUUGACCAGCAUCAGGAUGGACGAGCACUUCAGGUUGACCUUCUUAUUCAGGAGCUCCACGCUCCGGUUCAUCGGUCGGUUCAGUAAGCGCCGUACCAGGAUGUGCGAGUUCCUGGGGGCUCUGGAGGAGUGUGCUGUGCAGCUGGACAGGAUGAAGAUGGGGGCCAGCAUCUCCAGUGUGGCGGGCAGCACAGUGGGGCUGGCGGGCGGGGUCGUGUCCAUCGUCGGGCUGGCACUGGCCCCAGUGACAGCAGGAGCAUCGCUGACCCUCACACUGGUUGGGGUGGGGCUGGGCGUCACCAGUGGGGUGAACAGCUUGGCUACGGGCAUCACAGAGAUGUCAGUCAAUGCUUAUCAUGGGAAGAAGAUCAAUGAAAUCUUCCAGAGCUUCAUGGAAGAUGUAGGAACUCUUCAGGAGUGUCUGGAGGAGGCAGCCAACAACACCGAGCAGGAUGUGAUCGAUACUGUGGUGGGUGUGGGGAAAAUAGCCAUCAGAGUUGCCAGUGUGGCUAAAAGCAUCGAUGCCAUCGUGGACUGUGCCUCCGCCGUUAAGGUCCUCAGAAGCGAAGAAGUAGUUGCCAGCGCGGCCAAGGUAGCGGCUCAGGAGGCCAAAGCCGUGCGCAAUUUGCCCAAUGUGGCAGCCGAUAUUGCUGAUUUUGGGAAUUUGGCUAAGGGGACCCCCCUCGCGCUUUCCAAAUCGGCUAGGGGGGGAUUCAUCGCCCUAAACUCGAUCUUCAUGGGUCUGGAUCUGUUCUUCAUCUGUAAGGACAGCAUCAGUCUGGCCAAAGGGAGCAAGAGUGAAGUGUCCAACACCAUCCGAGGGAGGGCCAGGCUGUGGAAGACUGAGCUGGAUGCAUGGGAGAAGAUCCAUGAUUCUUUGUGCAGAGGGAUCUGGAGGUUCAGGAAGAGUCUGGCUAUUCUGGAGAAGCCAUUUCACUCCUAAAAGAGUGCUGGUGCUUGUGAUUUUCAUGUCAUGGGCAAUGAUCUUCUGGUCCCCACAACCACACUGGUAACUAAAGGGAACGGGUGCCUUAAAAAAGGAAGAUUGAAACAAUUACAUGUGGCAUUCCUGCUGAUGUUUGGAAGCAUAGGCAACCACCUGUAUAGCUUAUGCCUAUGAGCCCUGAUUCAGAUGUUCUUUUCAAAUUCAUGUAUAAGUUUUCAUUCCCGCUGUAUCUGCUGGAAUGUGACAAAUAUGCCCAUUGUACUUGUAACUUUUUGUUUGGAAUCUCACUCUCCUAUUCAUCAGGUGUGGGGAGAAAGGACGUUUACCACUCUAAUUAUACUUAGUUUAAUACAUGCCUACAAGAAGUAUCACUAAUUUACUACCAUGUUUCAUGAAGCUUGGUGAAAGUCGUCUAAUCAGGGUCUACUGCUUGGUAUGUUUAGCAACAAGUAUAUCUCUAACUAGGUAGCCAUCUUGUACAAUCAUCUUGCCCAAUCUGCUUGCAACACCUGCAUCUUUGUCAAUAAAGAAGGCACUGAAUAUUUUCCAGUUUGGAACACAAACUAGUGCAUAUCAGUGGCUGUCUUCUUUUUCAAUGUUUUUGAGUUGUUUUGACACUCUGAAGUUUGAGAAUUCUAAUUGAUGCUGAUAUUACAUAAUUGGAUUUCAACUGGAUUUCCUCUGAAAACAAUCAGGCUGUCUGCAUAUACUGUAUAUACUACAAAACAUUGCUGUUGAAUUAUGCAGAUAAGGACGCCACAAGGGGGC